AUUUAUUUAAGUUUUAUUUGUAGUUACCACACAGAAUAUCUUGAAACCAGUGUUUUGUAACAUAAUAUUUUACAUACACACAUCAAAUGUAUCUGAAAUAAUAUGAUAAGAGCUCAUUCACAGCAUAGAUAGGAAAAGAUCAAUGUAUGCUUUGAAUAUUUGCAGAAACCUGUGUGUGCGUGUAUGUGUGUUGGUUGGUCGAUUAGAGAGUGGACACUGUGUGAUCAGGCAUGCAGAUUUCAUUGAUCAUUACCAGCCUCCAGGCUAACACUCUGGACCCAUCAUGGAGACGGGAAAGCAACUAUCAGGUACACUGGCUGUAGCUGUGUUCACAGCAGCUCUGGGGUCCUUACAAUUUGGAUAUAGUCUAGGAGUCAUCAAUGCACCCCAGAAGGUCAUUGAGAGGCAUUAUGCUAUGUCUUUGGGUGUGUGGUCCGAGAGGUCAGCCCUAUUGGAAAACAGCACCGAGGGAGAAGGUUCCUCAGAGGACCAAACUCAUCCUGAUGUGGUCAUGUACUGGUCACUGUCGGUGGCCAUCUUCUCCAUUGGCGGCAUGAUAUCCUCCUUCCUGGUGGGAUUUAUCGGAGACUUUAGAGGAAGAGUGAAGGGCAUGCUGAUGAUCAACGUUCUGGCUGUAGCUGCUGGACUGUUGAUGGGUCUUUGUAGGCUGUGGAAGCCCCACAUAAUGGUCAUCACAGGGCGUGCCAUCAUGGGCUUCUACUGUGGGUUAACAUCUGGAUUGGUGCCGAUGUAUAUUGGAGAGAUUGCACCUAAAGCUUACAGAGGGGCUCUGGGAACAUUACAUCAGUUGGCCAUUGUCAUUGGCAUCCUUCUCAGCCAGGUAAUAGGUUUGGAUUUUGUUCUUGGUAAUGAUGAAAUGUGGCACGUGUUGCUCGGUCUGUCAGGAGCUCCUGCAAUAUUACAGUCCUUUAUGCUGCCGCUGUGCCCUGAGAGUCCGCGCUACCUUUACAUCCUGCUGGGCAAGGAGCAGGAGGCCCGGAAAAGUCUGCAUCGUCUAAAGGGGGCCUAUGAUCCUGCUUCUGAUCUGGAAGAAAUGAGGAAGGAGAAGGAGGAGGCAGACAGACAGCCACGGGUGUCAAUCCGCUCUUUGAUUCUCUCGUCUGUAUAUAGACAGCAGCUACUUGUUUCCCUCAUGAUGCACCUUUCACAGCAGCUGUCUGGCAUUAACGCAAUCUUUUACUACUCUACAGCCAUCUUCUCCAAAGCUGGUGUCAGUCAGCCAGUCUAUGCUACGAUAGGAGUGGGAGUCAUCAACACAGUCUUUACUCUGGUGUCUGUUGCAUUGGUGGACAGAGCUGGGAGGCGCACUCUAACUCUGGUUGGUCUGGGAGGGAUGUGCUGCUGUGCCGUUGCCAUGACAGUGGGUCUCAGAUUCCAGAAUAACUUCUCCUGGAUGAGCUACGUCAGCAUGACAGCCAUCUUUCUGUUUGUGAGUUUCUUUGAGAUUGGUCCUGGUCCCAUUCCCUGGUUCAUAGUGGCUGAACUGUUCAGUCAGGGACCUCGACCCGCAGCCAUCGCCAUCGCCGGCUGCUGCAACUGGACCAGUAACUUCAUCAUAGGCAUGACCUUCCCAUACAUUCAGGCUUGGCUGGAUUCGUAUGUGUUUGUUCUGUUUGCCGUGUUGCUUUUUGGUUUCACCAUAUUUAUUUACCUUCGGGUUCCUGAGACCAAGGGCAAAACGUUUGAGGAGAUUGCUGCUUUCUUCCAAAAGAAACAGAGGAUCAACAAAGACAACGCUGAACUGCAGCAGCUCAAAACAUCCAGUGAUGCUUAAACGAGUAACAGCAACCCUGCAAGAGGUAUUCAUACCUCUUACAUUUUGUCAUGUUACAACAACAAACUAUGAAGUGUUUUAUUGUGAAUACAUGAUAGACCAACUCAAAGUACAGCAUAAUCGUGAAGUGCAAAGAAGAUGAUGAUUGGCUUACAAUCUUUUGCCAAGUCUACAGCCCUUUGCAGCCUGUAAGAGGUUUUCUACGAUGCUACCCAGCAUUUUUGCCCAUCAUCUCAUCUCUGAAUCACCACAGCAUGAUGCUGCCACCAGUGUGUCUUACGUAUAGGAUUGUGUGUUCAGAGCGAUGUGCAUGGUUUUCUGCCACACUGGCAUUAUGCAUACAGGUCAAAAAGUACAGUUUUGUUCACAUCUCAUCAGAGUACCUUUUUUCACAUAAUUCUCUCCUACUUGGCUUGAAGCAAACUUUUAAUGGAACUUACUGUUGCUUGUGUUUUGCAACUCUUCCAUAAAGCCCAAAUUUGUGGAGUUCUUAACCAGCAAUUGUUAGGCUGACAGACUAUCCCUCCUGAGCUGUGGAUCUCUCCAGCUCCUCCAGAGUUACCAUGGACCUUUUAAGCUUCUCUGAUCAUGCUCUCCUUGCUCAUCCUGUCACCUUUGGUGGAUUGCCACUGGUUGGUAGGUGUAGAAUUGUCCCAAACUUUUAGCAUUUGGCUAGGUUUGCUUCUUAACCUAACUUUAUGCCAGACCUGUCUUGUGUGUUCCUUGGACUUCAUGAUGCUGUUUCUUCACUAUUGUUCUCUUAGAAACAGCUGAGGCCUUCUCAGAACAGUGGAAUCUAUAGUUAGAUAGAGAUUUUUUUGAUUAAGGUGACCUAUAUUAAGGGGUAUCAGAGAGAAGGGGGAUAAAUAAUGUAAAUCAAAUUCAGGUUUUAACAGUGAUUUUUUUUUUUUCCUUGAAAACUGUUCAUCCUUUUACUUCAACAUCAUGGUUAUGCACUACUUUGUGUAGCUCUAUCAUAUAAAAUCCAAGUUAAAUAUUUAGAAGUGUGCUUUUGUAACAUGACAAAUGUGAAAAAGGUUCAAGGGGUUUGAAUAUUUUUGCAUGGCAUUAUAUUUUCCUCGAAGUACUGUUUAUUAGGGACAAAGUACAUGUAUUUACAAAAGAAAUCCCUUUUUUACAACAAUAUCACUUAUAAAUGGCACAAUGUUUACAUGCAUUCAAAUUAUGAUCAUUUACUGCAGCAUUGAAAGUAAAAGUCAACUAUGUAAAGUGUUUUACAAUGAUAACAAACCAUAUAACCACCAUAUGUGGGCAAAAGGUUAAAAAACCUUUUAAAACUGGAGAAAUUAAAGACAUGUAAACCUAAAACAGAACGAAAAUAUAGUAGCUCAUACAGCAUUAAUACAUUUGAGUCCUAAAGAACAAGUACGAAACAGUGGUAGAGGGAGUAAAGAUACUACAAGAGAAAACUGUGCCAGCUGCUAUUAUAGCUUUGUCAGCUUGUGUUCUGUGACCGGCCAUAAAGCUGGUGUAAUUGAGGGAGAAUAUAAAAAGUGAAUAAACUAACAGGCAAGAGAAGGCAAAGCAAACAUGUAAUUUAAUUGCACUGCUUUAUCUAAAAUAUGCUGUAAAAGAAGAUCUCCUGCCAAGUCUGACAUGAUUUCACAAUGUGUUUACAAUGACCAUGAAAGACUUGAGAUAAUCUUAGGAGCUUUUAUAGGAAUAAAAAACAGUGUAAACACCCAUAAUUAUCAGAAGGAACACAUAUUUGUAUGUUAACGUAGCUCUUGUAAAUGAAUAUCUUCAAAAAUAUAAACAUAUGUUUAUAUUUAGACAAAGAAUUAAAAAUACUUUUUAAGUUGCUUUGGAUUUGUUUUGGAAUUCACACAAGGUUUGAAAAAAGCAGUAUGCAGUAUCUAUGUCAGUAAAAAAAAUACAAUUACAAUUUUGCAUUGCAAAAGUUUUACCUUUAUGUCAUGUAUUUCUGUCAUUUAUCUUUCUUCAGUGUAAUAUGAAAACAAAAUCUGAAAAGUUAUAAGUUUUCAAUAUUUUGUUCUCUUUUCGUUUGGAAAAACAAUAAAAGUAUUGCUGUUAUAAUAAACAGUAGUAUGUAAGUUUA